AUGUUCACAACAGAAAAGAUUAUUCACAGCAGAAAAGAUAUUAACAACAUAGAUGUUCACUACAGAGAAGAAACGAACAAUAUAGAUGUUCACAACAAAGAAGAUAGUAACAACAUAGACGUUCACAACAGAGAAGAUAGGAACAACAUAGACGUUCACAAGAGAGAAGAUAGGAACAACAUGGACGUUCACAACAGAGAUGAUACGAACAACAUAGAUGUUCACAAGAGAGAAGAUAGGAACAACAUAGACGUUCACAAAAGAGAAGAUAGGAACAACAUAGACGUUCACAAGAGAGAUGAUAGGAACAACAUAGACGUUCACAACAGAGAAGAUAGGAACAACAUAGACGUUCACAAGAGAGAAGAUAGGAACAACAUGGGCGUUCACAACAGAGAAGAUAGGAACAACAUAGACGCCCACAACAGAGAAGAUAGGAACAACAUAGACGUUCACAAGAGAGAAGAUAGGAACAACAUAGACGUUCACAAUAGAGAAGAUAGGAACAACAUAGACGUUCACAACAGAGAUGAUAGGAACAACAUAGACGUUCACAACAGAGAUGAUACGAACAACAUGGACGUUCACAACAGAGAUGAUACGAACAACAUAGACGUUCACAACAGAGAAGAUAGGAACAACAUGGACGUUCACAACAGAGAUGAUACGAACAACAUAGACGUUCACAAUCCAGAUGAUACAGUACAAACUGAAAGCUCUUGA